AUGGAAAUCGAUGAUUUGACGGUUGAAAAGGUCAGGAAGACCAAUGGGUUCUUCACAUGGGAAGUGGAUGUCACACAAGCCGCCGACCUCGAAAACUUCUUGAAUAGUAAGCCAGAUGGAACAAUUGUGUUUGUGGACUGUCAAAAUGCUUCCGAUAAUGUGGGCGUACAGGUUCCCGGUGCUUUUCACAUCCAUACGGAAAGUGCAUUGGCGGCCCGCGACAUCUUUCAGCAGCUAUGGAAAAAUAAUCCUAAGUCUUUGGGAAGUUUGCUAGCGGCCGACAUGGUCGUCUUUUACUGCUCCUACGCUCAUGCACGCUCACCGGCCGCCAUGACAUCUUACCUCAAGCUUCGGGCAAACCUCGCGGCACAAAAGAGGCCCAUGAGGCAGCAGAAGGUCGUAGUUCUUGAAAGAGGCUUAAAUGAGUGGAAGUCAAUCACUGGUCGUAAAAUGAGGCCUUGGAACUUGGGUCUGAAAAAGGCGGCUGUCGCGAAAGGAGACGACGAUGGGGAAAUAUACACUUUAUACACCGAAUAA